UUUGCUGGUGUGCGUGUAAGCAACUGGGGUUUGUUUUGAUGCGGUAAUCAUCCCCCCAGCAUCAGAAGAAACUGUACCAAAAAAUAUUACUCUGCCGCGGCACUUUGGAACAAGUCACUUGCGACGAUGACGAUGAUCGCCAACAUUGCUUUACGCGCUGGUACCAGUUCACGGCUGUCAAGCACCAUCGUCAGUGUUGCCUUGGGAAACAAGUGUUCCAGUUGGAAUUACGCACAAAGCGGUUCUUCAAGAAGAUUUAUCUCCCAAUCCACUUCUAAAGCAAUGCGUUUCGUUCAGUAUCGUACAGCGGCCACGGGAGACAAGCAGCGGCUCGGUGUCUUAUCGGAAGAUGGUACGCAGGUAUCUGACAUUUCUGAACGAUAUGAAGGUGACCUGAUAACGUUCAUCCGAUCUGGUGUUUCGCUCGAUGAAGUGAAAGCGGCCGUCUCUAAGGCAAGCCCGAUUAAGGUGGACAGCGUGGAACUGCUUGCUCCCGUCACCAACCCACAGAAGAUUCUGUGCGUCGGUCUCAACUAUAGUGGCCAUUGCGAGGAACAGAACAAACCGAUUCCGAAGGAACCGAUGUUCUUUAGCAAAUAUGCGACGACCGUUGUUGGCCCGUAUGACAACGUGAUCGCCCACAGCAUAUCCGAUCAAAUCGAUUGGGAAGUAGAGCUGGCUGUCAUCAUUGGCAAGAAGGCCAAAAGUGUGACCAAAGCGAACGCAAUGGAUUAUGUGUUCGGUUACACGGUGGCUCAGGACAUUUCGGCACGCGACUGGCAGAAGCUGCGCAACGGUGGACAAUUUCUGAUCGGUAAAUCGAUGGAUACCUUCUGUCCCCUAGGACCGGCCGCUGUUCACAAGUCGCUGGUAAAGGAUCCUCACCAGCUGGCGAUCAAGUGCAGUGUGAAUGGAGUGGAGAAGCAAAACGGAAGCACGAGUGAGCUGAUUUUCCGCAUUGACGAUAUCAUUGAGCGGGUUACACAGUCCAUUACGCUUCUUCCGGGCGAUGUCAUCCUGACGGGAACACCAGCCGGUGUCGGUAUGCAUCGUAAGCCGGCCGAAUUUCUUAAAGCAGGUGAUGUUAUCGACAGCGAGAUUGAAGGUCUCGGUAAAAUCAAGAACAAGGUCGUAGCUGACUCCUAAAACGAUACAGAAGAAUUAAGAUACCGGUCCCACAAGCUGCCAUAUUACGUCGUUACGGGUUUUGAAUGGGAUGAGACGUGUAAUGAAAUAUUUACGAUUCAUAUUUGAUUUUACAAUUCGGAUGCAAGUCUUCCGUUGAUGGUAGCUGGACACCCUAAAUACACACUUAUUAUUCACUGGUAAA